AUGAUGUUCAGCAAGACAAUCUGCGCACUGUGUGUGGCAGCUGUGGCGUUCUCGGCUAGCACGGUGGACGCAUCUGCAGAGGUGGCGCAGACGUACGGGCGGCUACACCAGAACUACGGCGGCUACGGCAAGCAAGAUAGCUACGGCAGGGACGACGGCUAUAACAACCGCGACGCGUACGGCAAUCGGAACGGCUACGGGAAGCAAGACAGCUAUGGCAAGCAAGACCGCUAUGGCAAGCGAGACGGGUAUGGCCACCAAGACAGCGACGACUCGCUCGACAGCUAUGACACGCGUGGCGGAUAUGGCAAGCAGAACGGCUAUCGCAACAACGACGGAUACGGCAAGCGAAGUGGGUACGGCGGUGCGCUGGUGGGUACUAGUGGCUACGGAGGCGUGGGAGCUGCCAAGGGAUACGGUACUGCUGGCGCCGGAGCUGGUCUGCAAGGCGGUGCCGGCCUCAACGCAGGCGCUGGUGUGGGCGCCAGAGGCUACGGCGGAUUGGGUGCUGGUGUCGGUGGUAAAGCUGGCGCUGGACUCAAUGUGGGCGCAGGCUUGAAUGCUGGUGUCGGUCUCAACGCCGGUGCGGGACUGAAUGCCGGCGCUGGACUCGGAGCAGGCGUCGGCGGUACAGCUGGUGCGGGUCUCAAUACCGGUGCUCGUCUCGGUGCUGGUGCCGGGCUCAACGCUGGUGCAGGCCUUAACGCGGGAGCGGGUCUGAACGCCGGUGUGAGUGACAAUGCUGUCGGCAAGGCCAAUGGUGGAUACUCCAAGGACACGGGCGCCGCACAGACAGCUACCCAGUCGGGCGGCUACCGUCACUUGCGCGCGUAAAUACCCAGUCCACUGGGUCUCCGGAGCGGAUGAACCGCUCCUGUAGGCCGGUAAUGUGGACUAUCAGGCUGGGACCAUUCGUUGAAACCGGCCACACUCGGACGAUGUGCCGAGAUCUAGCACGGGAAACGUGCUUUACAUGUUCGUUGUAGUAGCUGUCAUGUAUGUAGGGGGUACUCUUCACUGUGUAGAGCGCACUUAAUCCAAACACGACCUG